CCUCUUUCUAUAUAUCCUGAAAAAUAUCAUAUUUGACGGAAUGUAUAUUUAUUUUUAAUAUGAUUUUUAUAGAAUAAGAUUUCUUGAAAAAGCAAAAUCAAUUUUGAUGUGUGGCGUCAGGCAAUGGCAACUCCUAGUUGUUAUUUUUCUAAUAAUUACUAUAAUUACAAUUGCCUGUGCUACUUCCACAUGAAUCGAGCACUCGUAGCGCCGUCGGUUUGUCAUCGCCUCAGUUGCGUCGGGAUUUCCAGGUCCGGGUUCGGGUUUGUGUUGCAGAAUUCAAAGAGGAGGAGAUGGUUGGAGCUGGGGCGUCGCCGUUUCAGGUUUGUUGUCAGUGCUCAGCUGUCCAGCUCGCUGUCAGUGAACAUUGGCUUGGAUUCUCAGAGUAUUUACUCCCAUGAAUCCUCACAUUUGCCAUGGGUUGGGCCGCUUCCUGGGGAUAUUGCUGAAGUUGAGGCUUAUUGUAGAAUCUUUAGGGCAGCAGAACGGUUUCAUAAUGCUCUAAUGGAUGCAUUGUGCAAUCCACUGACUGGAGAAUGUAGUGUUUCUUAUGAUGUGCCUCCGGAGGAUAAAUCGUUAUUGGAGGAUAAAAUAGUUUCAGUUCUUGGUUGCAUGGUAUGCCUCCUCAAUAAGGGAAGGGAAGAUGUCCUUUUGGGACGAUCUUCCAUCAUGAAUUCAUUCCGUGACUUAGAUAAAACUGUAAUGGAUGAUAAGCUUCCCCCACUUGCAAAUUUUCGCUCGGAGAUGAAAAGUUAUUGUGAGAGCUUGCAUGUUGCCCUAGAGAAUUAUUUGACACCUGGUGAUGAUCGAAGUUUAAAUGUUUGGAGAAAACUGCAAAGAUUGAAAAUGGUAUGCUAUGACUCUGGAUUUCCCCGAGGGGAUGAUAGCCCUUGCCAGACAUUGUUUGCAAAUUGGAAUCCUGUUUACUUGUCCACCUCAAAAGGAGAAGCACAAUCACAAAACUCCGAGGUUGCUUUUUGGAAGGGUAGCCAGGUUACAGAAGAAAGUUUGAAGUGGCUCCUGGAGAAAGGGUUCAGAACUGUUAUAGAUCUCAGAGCAGAGAUUGAGAAGGACAACUUUUAUGAAGCUGCUCUAGGUGAAGCUAUUUCAUCUGGGAAGAUUGAACUGAUUAAACUUCCAGUUGAAGUUGGUACUGCACCUUCAAUGGAGCAGGUUGUGCAAUUUGCUGCUUUAGUGUCAGAUUCGAGCAAAAAGCCCAUUUAUUUACACAGCAAGGAAGGAAGACGGAGGACAUCUGCUAUGAUCUCUAGGUGGAAGCAAUACAUGGAUCGCAUCUCAUCCACUCAAAGGCGAGUGAGUAAUACUGACCUUAGACCUCAAGGUACUCGAGCAGUUGAAGAUUCUGAUUUCUCUAUGAACUUUGAUGAAGGUAAAUCAUCUCAUAAUGGCAUUGAGUCACUCCAACAAAAAUCUGAUAAGUCUUAUAGUACCCUCGGGGCAGUCUAUAAUCAAGAUGCUCCUGCCAGACAAAACCAAUCGGGAAGCCCUGGCGAAGCUAAUAAUAACAUGACAACCACUGAGGACACUGCUGUGAUCUCUGGUAAUGGUGGAAUAGGAUCAACUACUGACUUCAAUGAAGAUGUGAAUCCACUGGAGUCUCAACUACCUCCUCCUGAUAUUUUCUCUAGAAAAGAGAUGUCCAAUUUUUUCAGAAGUAAAACGAUUUCACCAGAAACAUACUUUAGUUACGAACAGAAGAGAUUGGAGAUGCUAUCUGCUUUGCAGUACAAUUACAACGGGACCAUCUUGAAGGAAGAAGCCAACUCUAAAUCAAGCAUCAAUGAAGAACAGAGUAUGAACGGAUCACUUGGCAGCGUAGAGUUAUCAUCAAAGCCACAGACUGUUGCUUUCACUAAUGGGUCAUUUCAGGAUCCUACUGUUCUUUCUAGCCCUAUGACUCAUCUAGAUAAAACCAACAGUGGUGUGGGUUAUGACAGGAGUAAGGAAAAUGGUUCUGUUUACACAAGCAAUGACCUAUCAAAGAAUGCCACAUCCACUAUGGUUGCUGGACAGAAUAGACGUGAUGCUGACAGUUAUCUCUCUUCAGAUGAUGAAAACUUGGAUAUGCUUGAAGGAAAUAUGUGUGCUUCGACAACUGGUGUUGUAAGGGUGCAGUCAAGAAAGAAAGCAGAGAUGUUCUUAGUUAGAACAGAUGGAUUUUCUUGCACCAGAGAAAAGGUAACAGAGUCUUCCUUGGCAUUCACUCAUCCUAGCACUCAGCAGCAGAUGCUUUUGUGGAAAUCUACCCCGAAAACUGUAUUGUUAUUGAAGAAGCUGGGCCAUGAACUCAUGGAAGAAGCUAAAGAGGUUGCCUCUUUCUUACAUUACCAGGAGAAGAUGAAUAUUCUUGUUGAACCUGAGGUUCAUGAUGUUUUUGCUAGAAUUCCAGGAUUUGGGUUUGUCCAGACGUUCUAUAGUCAAGAUACAAGUGACCUUCAUGAGAGGGUUGAUCUUGUGGUUUGCUUGGGAGGAGAUGGGGUCAUACUUCAUGCAUCCAAUUUAUUCAGAGAUGCAGUUCCACCUGUUGUCUCAUUUAAUCUUGGAUCCCUAGGGUUUCUCACCUCUCAUACUUUUGAUGAUUAUAGAAGUGAUCUAAGACAAGUGAUUCAUGGAAACAACACAAUUGACGGGGUUUAUAUUACUCUUAGAAUGCGUCUACGGUGCGAAAUAUUUCGAAAUGGGAAAGCUAUGCCUGGCAAAAUAUUUGAUGUCCUCAAUGAGAUUGUAGUUGAUCGUGGUUCUAAUCCAUAUCUUUCAAAGAUUGAAUGUUAUGAACAUGAUCGCCUCAUAACCAAGGUACAAGGUGAUGGAGUUAUAGUUGCCACUCCUACUGGAAGUACAGCUUAUUCCACAGCUGCUGGAGGUUCUAUGGUCCAUCCGAAUGUCCCAUGCAUGCUCUUCACACCGAUUUGUCCACAUUCUCUCUCAUUCAGACCAGUCAUACUUCCAGAUUCUGCUCGGCUUGAAUUAAAGAUUCCAGAGGAUGCACGAAGCAAUGCUUGGGUCUCGUUUGAUGGGAAGAGAAGGCAACAACUCUCAAGAGGGGAUUCUGUUCGGAUAUCUAUGAGCCAACAUCCACUUCCAACUGUCAACAAGUGUGACCAAACAGGUGAUUGGUUCCGAAGCUUGAUUCGUUGCUUGAACUGGAACGAAAGACUAGACCAGAAAGCCCUUUGAAGGCCAUAAGAUAUAGUUUCUUUUUUCUUUUCUCUGCUAAUGUAUAUAAUAGUGUACAGGUUAUAUAGCUCAAAGGUUACAAAUUUCUCAACUCAGAAAUAGCAUUGUGAUAGGCUGUAUAUUCAGCUGAUUGUACAUUGUCAUAUGUCAUCUAAUGUCUGAAGACCGACCAUAUUCUUGACCCAUCAAGUUACUUCACUAAAUUAUGGUGGCUUGAUGGACAAUUACCUCUUUAUAACCAAAAGAUAAAUAAAUGAAGGAUUUUACCAAA